AUGGCAGCGACGUCCCGGCACCUUUCCCACGCCAGCGGACUGGUCCGAUCGGCCGCUCCGCAGCGACUCCUGUCAGCAUCGUUCUUCAACUCGAAUCACGUCGCAUCAACCGCAACAUCACACCUCGGGCAGCACCGCACCCUCUUCGGCUUCUCGCUCUUCGGAGGCAAAAAGGACAAGCGCAAUGACCCGUUCUCUCUCCCACCGUGCGCGGCCAAGAAGCCGCUGAUAGCCCAGGACGACCUCUUCCACCCCUUCUCAAAGUCGCCCAUCCCCUCGAUCCGGGCGCGCGGCGAGCGCAUCCGUUCCCUCGCCCCCUGUCCCGUCAGCAUGUCCAAGUACAAAGUGCGUCGACUCGUCAACUUUGAAUGUCCCGAUUGCGGCUGGCCUACGCACUACAGCGAGAAGGAGUGGUCGGAAGACACCGAGCACGGCAAGUACGUCGCCCGUCUUCGCGAGUCCAACGAGGACGAGCACGACCUGCGCUCCGGCCGCGAGAUGUCCGAAUUCAAGCUGCCCGGCCCCCAGGGGUUCGAGGAGACCAUCAACAUGUCCAACUGGGACGUAUUCUUCUACACGCGCAACUUCAACUCGAUAGAAUCGGAUCGAAGCAGACGGCACGUCAGCAAGCUCUUGACGUUCCCAACGACAAUGGGCGCCGUGAUCCACGAAAACAGCCCGUACACCAAAAAGUCCAGGAGGUUGACUCACGAGGGGUUGAGGAGCAUGAUCGCACUCCGACAAACGCUGCAUCCCAAGGCAGGCGACAAGCCGUCGCUCGACAAGAUGCGCAUCUUUGUCGUGGGCGCGAGAGCCGAGUCGACACUCCCACCAGCCGUGUGGGAUCAGUUGACCUACAUGUUCCCCGGCGUGCCGUUCCAUCUGUUCCUCAUCGGACCCGAGGCGCAUAUUCCGAGCGAGAAGCAGGUGCAGAUGCAGGAGCGAGCGGGACCUGGGUCCGGAAGCAUCUCGAUGCACAAGGGCAGGGUCAGGAAGUCCAACUACGGCGUUCCUUCUCGGACGGUCGUCGUCUCCGAGGGUCUGACGGUGACGACCAUCCAGAGCAAGUACGAAGACAUUCAUGCGCAGCUCGAACCAUUCGAUGCAUACACGGAUGUCUUCUUCGCCUUCAGUCCCGGCUUCGGCUUCCCUUCGCAGAUUGCUGUCGAGGAAGCGGACAAAGCGAGGCAAGAAGAUCGCGAUCACGAAGCGCACUUUGCUCGGGCUAAGAGCACAUACAAUGCUACCGGAGCCUCCAUCGAGUCAACCGCACAAAGCGCAGCCGACAACGCCACCGCUCCACCACGUGCAGCCUACACAGUCGACGCGACCUCUUCACCGGAAGGCGGCGACAUUCCAUCAGAAGAGCCCGCGCCGGUGCUCGCCUCGCCCGACGGACACACCUUCACCGCCCUCACCGCCGCGCCCGUUGUGCAGGCGCAACGCGAAUGGGCCCGCGCUAUCGGCCAGAUCCUCUCCACCCGAUGUGCGCUCAUCGCCACCGGCUUCUCGCCCGCCGAUGUCGAGCGCGACGUGCUCGCCUUCGAGAGUGUCGAUGGUGUGAGGGGCGAAUUCGACUGGCUGAUCACCCCUGGUGAGAACGUCUUUGCGAGUCAACAGUGGGCUGUCGCGGACUUUGAUCCGAGAGUUGCGGUCAAGGCGAACUGGGGACUGUGGGCGGUCAGGGGCAAGAGGUACGAUAUUCAGGGCCCCACCGGCUACUAA